UCCAUAAUUGCGCAGACCUGACAACCCUGCUUAGCUUUGGAAAACAAUUUUUGCAAAUUCGUAAACAAAAACUGUGAGUGGUAAUGGAGCGGGAUUAGGGGUUUGCAAGUGGAUCCGGUUACAUCAUGACUGCCUGCGUCCUAUGCCUGGUCUCCUCCGAUGCCGGCAUCGGCCUGCAGUCCGCGGAGGGCGUGCGUCUGGGCAUUAGGGCGACCAUCAACAAGCACUUUUCGUUCCCCGAGGUCCUUACGGCGGGCAGUGAUGCGGCGGUCUGCCGUGAGUGCUGGGAUUGCAUCAGCAGCUUCGAGGAGUUCCACCAGCGGGUCUUCGGCCUGCACCAGCAGCGAAGCAGCGACUCCAAGAGCGUGCCCAUCGAAUUCUUUGGCCAAACGGAGGAAGUCAUCAAUCCGCUGUACUCUGUGGAGCUGGACGCCCUGGCCGAGGGUUUCUUUGCGCCCAGCGAGGUCAAGGUGGAGGUGAACGAGCUGGAGCCGCUGCCCAAGGUGGAGCUUCUGGAGGACCCGGUCAACACGGAAACCAGAACUGCUUCCAAGCGGCAGGGUGGCCAAAACGACGGAUCACCGCACCCAAAACGGCGCAUUAAGAACGAACAGCCACUGGACAGUGAUUCGGAUGUACCUCUAGCAGAUUUUCUGGGCUCAGACAGCAAGAGUAGCUCAAGUAAACCAGCGAGGAACAGCCAACCGACCAAGGGCCGCCCGCUGCGAAGAAGCACGAGACGUGGUCGUCCGCCCAAGGCCAAGCCAGAGCCCCCUGCUUCGCCAAAGAAGGAGGAACUGGACUCCGAUGAUGAAGAUGACAAUGCUAGAGACAACAAUGACAUGGAGUUUGUGGCUGCCGAGGCUGUCCUGGGCACGGACGACAGCGGCAGCUCCUCUAGCGACAGCAGUGCCGAGGAUUCCGACCAGAGCCUGCCCGACAUUGAGCCCGAGGAGCGGUACGCCGAGAUCCCCAAGCGGGUGGUGGUGAAGCCCAAGAAGUACCGAAAGCGGGAGAAGCCGCUGGUGCCACCCGUUCGCCUAAGUCGCGAGGAGAUCGAGCGUCGAAAGCUCCAGCAGAACGAGUACGAUGAGAUUAUCCUGCAGUUUUUCAAGAAGUUUCCCUGCACCAUCUGCAAUCUGCUGGUGCAGAACUUUGCGGACAUGCGACGCCAUCAGCGCCUUUCCCACAACAUCGAAGCUGGCUACAUGGAGUGUUGUGGGAAAAAGUUCCACAUUCGCAAGGCCUUGGCGGAGCAUGUGCUGGUCCACAAGAACCCGGAGCACUUUAUGUGCUCUCAGUGCGGACGGGUGUUCCAGGACUCGCGCGCCCUGGAUGUCCACGAGCAGACGCACACGAACCCGGACGUCAAGGGAGAACCAAAGGAAAAGCCGGUCUACCAAUGCGAGAAAUGCCCCAAGAGCUUCAUCACCAAGUCGGCCAUAGACUACCACUACGUGUCCAAGCACGUGCCCAAGUCCGAGUUCAAAUUCUCCUGUCCAGAGUGCAACAAGAAGAUCCCCACGGAGCGCAAAUUGAAGGAACACUUGCGCUACAUGCACGACCCGGAAUCAGCCAUCAUCUGCGAUAAGUGCGGCAAGACCGUUCGCUCGCAAACGAAUCUCAAAAAGCACCACGAGCUGGAACAUUCCGAGCAGCCGCGUCCCAAGCCCGAUCCCGUGCAGUGCGAGAUAUGUGGCACCUGGCUGCGCCAUCUCUCCGGACUGAAGCAGCACAUGAACACGGUGCACGAGCCCCCGGGCGACGAGCACCGCUGCCACAUCUGCAACAAGACAUCCACUAACUCCAGGGCCCUUAAGCGCCACAUCUACCACAACCAUCUCUGCGAGCGCAAGUUCAAGUGCGGGAUGUGCGAGAAGGCCUUUAAGCGACCACAAGAUCUUAGGGAACACACUUCCACUCAUACCGGCGAAGUUCUAUACACUUGCCCCAAUUGCCCCAUGACGUUCUUCUCUAACGCCAACAUGUACAAGCACCGCCAGCGACUCCACCGAGCCGAAUGGGAGGCGGAUCGGAAGAAGCCGCUGCCACCGAACAUCAUGAAGAUAUCGCAGGGCGCGACCUCGGCCAUGAAGAAGCGGCAGGGAGUCGGCGCCCUGUUCCCACAGUCGGAACAGAAGCAAUAGCAUUUGUCCAUUUACGACAUCUAUAGAUAGUAGAUAAAUCGUCAACCAUUAUUAUUAACUCGCACUUAACACAGAUAAGUUAAGCCAUAAACAAGUAGACAUGGACAUAU